GAAAAUUAGUUGCUAGUACCCAGUUGGUAAACAAAACAUAUUUGUUUUCGAACUUCAUACUAAAUCACUGAAGAAUGGAUUUAUUAUUUGCUUUCGUUUUCUCGUUAUUUGUCAUAAAAACAGACAAUGGCCAUUGACAAAUAUAACUGGGUACUAAUAGUGUUUGGAUACUGUUUGGCAACACGCCUUUAUCAGUGUCACGCUCACGCAGCAUUGAAUGGAACUUUGUCUAGAAUUGAUGGAGGAUCUAAAAAUGAUUCAUCAGUGGAUAACAACUCAGAAGGGCAUUAUAAUCCCUUUGGACCGCUUGUCUUAUGCUCAUUUCUGUAAAUAUAUAUACAUUUUGUUUGUUUGUAUAUAAUCAUUUACAAAUUCAUUACAAUUGUAAAUAGGUUGUUUACUGUGUUGAAAUAGUUUUUAUUUUUAAAAUACUUAUUAUAUUGUUUAGACCAAUGGAAUUCAUUGAAUGUGAAGAACCGGUCAAUAUAAAUGGAAAUAAAACCAGAGAUGAAACUGUGACCAGUGGUUGCUAUAAGGUAAGUUAAGUUAUUGUAAUGAUAUUUUAAAAUAAUGUUUUGCAUAUAUUAAUCUGAUAUUUUAGUAUGGUGGUAGCUAUAGAUAUGAAGAUGUAGAAAAAGCAAAGGUUCAGUGUCAUGUUUUACCUGAUAUAGAAUGUUACGGUUCAAGACACUUUACUAGGGAUGGAUUUCCGUGUGUAAAGUAUGUAUAUGAAUUAUUCAAUUAUUCUAUACUGAUAUUGUCUUUUAUUUUACAAGAAAAAAUGUAAUAAUAAUAUUAUAUUAAUUACAGGUAUGGUGGCUAUUAUUUCCUUACAACUCUACUGUAUUCUAUUUUACUUGGAUUCCUCGGAAUGGACAGAUUUUGUUUAGGGCAAACUGGAACAGCUGUUGGGAAAUUAUUGACACUUGGAGGUGGUGGGAUCUGGUGGAUAGUAGAUGUCAUACUAUUAGUUACUAAUCAACUUUUACCAGAAGAUGGCAGUAACUGGAAUAUUUACGUUUAAGAAAAAAAUCAUUGUAUAUUUUUUGAUACCUUAAUAAAUUUAAAUAAUUAUUAAUUGCACAAUAAUUUUAACAAUAUUUAUUAAUUUCAAAAACUUUCAGUGUCUUCAAUUUAUCUUGAUCUUCUUUAAUCCAUUCGUCUUUCUUAUGCCUAAACAGGCCUAAAUUUAGUUUAGAUGCAAUUAUAGAACCAAAUUGUGUACUGGUAAGUUCAGAUUCGCGUUUCAUAAACUCUGUCAUAAUCAUAAAACGCUGUUUUGAAUCUGCUACUUUCCAUAUGCAAUCAAAAGCACGAGAACCACUUUUUGAUUUUGCUAGUGUUGAAUAAUGAUCCUAAAAACAUAUUAAGUUUUUUUAAAAAUACUUAUAAAUAUUAAAAUUAUUUUAUUACUUUUAAUUUCCAUAUCAUUUUUUCUCGACUUCGUUCUCCAAUAAAUGUACUUUCAAAAUAUGCAUUAGCUACGUAACUGCCUUUUACGUCACAAAAUAUAUAUACAAGACGCUCAGUUUCUAAAUUAAUUAAAUUAUUCACGACCUACAAUAAAAAAUAUAUUUAAACUCUCCUCGUAUGUGCAAUUAUUAUUAUUAUUAUUUGUAUCUACAAAAUAUUAUAUUACUUUAAUUGGCUUAUUGAAUUUCAAAAGAGUUUGGACUAUCAUAGAACCAUGAAUAUGAAUUGGUGGUUCUUUACAAGAACUAUCGUAAUUUUCAAUUACUUUUAAUCCAAUAAGUAAUAAAACUGUAAUACCAUCUUCAGUUUCUUCUUUACAUUUUAAUGAUUCACAUAAAGUCUAUUAA